AUGCGCUCUGCUUCAUGGAAAAUAGCCGUUAAGAUAAGUCCAAAAUGGAUUAUUCCUUUGGCCUUUGUUCCCGAGCCUUUUCAGGUCGCUUGGACUUUCGGGUCCACUUGCGGCAGAAUUUCUUUCCUUAAAUAUCUUACUUCUUGCCUCUUUUCCUCCUGGUCUGUAACAGUUCACAUGGCUAAUCCCAAAAACGGUAGCGUCCUCUCUAAGAAGCGGGGCCAUAACACUGCUAUUAUCUCUUCCCCGACCAGCCAUGAUUUAACGCAAGAUGGGCGCAAAAGACGGAAGCUGCGAAAUGCCGCCAGUGAUACCCGAGACGACUCAUCCAUUGAGAAGGUUCUCGUCCCCGAGGAUGGCAUAGCAACGAAAUCGUCCGGCCCAGUAUCCGGUUCUGAUGGUCUUUCGAUCGAAACUAGAACCCGCCGAGGAGAGAAUCAGGAACAGGCCGCUUUACGCCUCGAAAAGAUGCAAGGUGCUGUGCGAACUUUGUUAGAGUGCAUCGGCGAGGAUCCAAGUCGUAACGGCCUGCUGAAUACGCCUUCACGUUAUGCCAAGGCGUUGCUGUUUUUGACCCAGGGCUACCAUGUCAAUGUGGAAGAUAUUGUGAAUAACGCGCUAUUUUAUGAGGGCCAUAACGAGAUGGUCAUUGUCAAAGAUGUUGACAUAUUCAGCCUUUGCGAGCACCACCUUUUGCCCUUUACAGGAAAGAUGCACAUUGGUUACAUCCCCUCCAAUACCGUGAUCGGCCUCUCGAAGCUUCCUCGAAUCGCCGAGGUAUUCUCUCGUCGCUUACAGAUCCAGGAGCGCCUCACCAAGCAGGUUGCUUAUGCCGUUAUGGAUAUCCUGAAGCCUCAAGGUGUUGCUGUCAUUAUGGAGUCUAGCCACCUGUGCAUGGUGAUGCGUGGCGUUGAAAAAACUAAUACGACAACCCUGACAAGCUGCAUGCUGGGUUGCUUUAAGCGCAAGAGUAAGACACGAAACGAGUUCAUGCAGUUUGUCGGAGUGAACCGGUAG